AUGAAGAGGUUAUUGCCAGAGGAGAUUUUGGAGCUAGUCUUGCUGCGGCUCCCGUUCUCCAGUGUGGUCACCUCAAGAUUGGUGUGCAAGGAAUGGAAAUCAAUAGUGGAUUCACCCAGCUUUAUGCGAUGCUACAGCGACAACGCCAAGAUAAUCGAGGAAAUGGAGAAGAGUGACAUCCCAACUUACAGAAUAAUCGACAGUAACAACAAGAUCAUGCUUUGGACGGGCCAGGCCUUCUUGAGCGUAGACUCUUACAACCAAGGGUUGAUGGUGGCGUACUCUCUGAAGGAAGGCCAGUACUACGUGGGCAAUCCAUUCUUCAACAAGUGGAAGAAAAUCCCAAUGCUAGAACACUCCUCCCACCAUAGGGUUCGAAUCUUUGUCAAUCAGGAGAGCUACAAGCUCGUUGCAUGGGAAGACCUCGGCUCGGUUCUGACAUUUUCUCGAGGUCAAACGUGCUGGUCAAAGACCGAGGGUUCUGGGUUCACUACUGAUCCGGUCAUGAUUGACGAUAAGAUCUUUGUUGUGGACACUGUCAAGGAGAGAUUGAUCAUGUACACAGAAGGUGGCAGUUUCUCUUACAGGGCUUUGAGAAUUGGGUGUAAAUAUUCCGUGUAUAUGAACUUAGAUUGCAAGACUUAUCUGCGAGCUUGGGAGAGGAAAUUAUAUGCAGUAGUGAUAAUAGAGAAUGCUCCUUAUAGCACGAAGGUCAGGAUUUGGGAGAUUCCUGACAAGGUGAAACUUGUGAGCGAGAAAGUGUUUGAUGUGGCAGUGGGACUUGCUCUCGAAGUAGGCAGUGGGCAGUACUUAAAUUUUUCAACUUCAGAUGGUUUUACGUGUUCUUAUGAUAUGAAGGUGAACAACUCUUGGGAGAGUAGAAGAUCUCGUGAUGUGUCUCCCAUCUCAGUCAAAUAUUAUCCAAACUUAUGA